CAUCACUGGCACUUAGCUUUUUGCAUAACACAAACACGAAAGCGGCUCAGGUCCACCCUCUCCCGCAAGAAGAUAUCAUGGCGGCUAAUGCCCGUGUCCUCGUCGCCGAUUAAAAAUUUACUUCCUCUUCCUCUUCUUCGACAUUGCAAUACGUUCCCUUCUUCUCAUAUCAAUUUCUGACGUGGCUGUGCGUGUGACCAGCAGAUUCUCAUACAGUUCCCAGCACCCUUAGUUCUACUGGCUAUCCCUCCGUCCCCAGGAUCUUGCUUUAUCUCGACACAGCAACACUCGAGCUGCUCUGCAUAUCAUGUCGAACACUGUGGUUGACAGCGGUGUUCCCAUCAUGAACGGGGCACAUCUUACCAAUUCAAUUGAAAAAGUGACAACAAUUCCUAAUCCGGAAAACGAGCAGCCGCUCGAGCCGACCCAAUCGCAGAACGGGGAGACCAUUAACGAAGCUAGGAAUCCAGAGCGGCCACAGUUACCUGAUCGUGAUUUCGACUCGAGCAUCUCUACCAGCAACGCUGACUUUGAUGAUUUGAUGCUCUCUACAAACGGUGCGCCUAAUGGCAAGUUGAAUGGGACCCCGAGCGGGACCCCCAAUGGUACCGGAAAGAGCUAUGCAGCUGUUUCUGCCGAGGCGGAGGAGAGAGACGGCAGAGAACAAGAUUCAAACAAUUGUGAAAAAAGUUACGCCGACGUUGUGGCUGACAGAGACGUGGAUGACAACAGCAGACAUGAUCAUUGGUCCUAUCCCAAGCUGCCCAUCACCGCUCAACCUAAAAAUAUCAAGACCGGGAGCUGGCGCGCCGGAGGCAUUCGUUUCGCGCCAUUGCGAGUGCCCAUGAGGCGACGGCUACAGACUGCAGCAGUCUUGUUUCAUUGCAUGUCUAUUGCUACAUUUGUCUCAGCCUUUUGGUUGAUCUGCGCCAAUCCACUCGCUUGGCCUAUCAUUAUAAUUUAUCUGAUCCAUCUUGCUCUUUCAACUGCGGGAACUAACGGUAACCUCACCUACCGCUCAGAAUGGGUACGAAGCCUGAAGCUGUGGAAGCUCUUCACUGGAUACUUCCCCAUGGAGCUGCACAAGACGCAUGAACUGCCCACCGACAGAAAAUACAUAUUUGGGUACCAUCCUCAUGGUAUCAUUUCCCAUGGAGCCUUCGCCGCCUUUGGUACUAAUGCUCUUGGGUUUCGCGAACUGUUCCCUGGAAUCACCAACACACUCCUCACUCUCGACUCCAACUUCCGUCUCCCCUUCUAUCGCGACUAUAUCAUGCUUCACGGUCUUCAGUCAGUCUCCAAGGAAUCGAUAUGGAAUCUUCUCUCAAAAGGCGGCCCUAACAAUGAUGGCCGAGGCCGCGCUGUUACUAUUGUUGUCGGCGGUGCCCGCGAAUCGCUUGAGGCACAGCCAGGAAGCCUUCGGUUGAUCCUCAAGAGCCGAAAAGGGUUUGUUAAGAUGGCACUUCGUACCGGAGCCGAUCUAGUUCCUGUCAUUGGAUUUGGCGAAAAUGAUCUCUAUGACCAGCUGAGCCCCAAGACACACCCCCUUGUACACCGAAUCCAGAUGCUAUUCCUUAAGGUCUUCAAGUUUACCGUGCCAGCUCUCCACGGCCGUGGUGUGCUCAAUUACGAUGUUGGUCUCAUGCCUUAUCGUCGACCAGUUAACAUUGUUAUUGGACGGCCGAUCCGAGUUGACAAGGCCCAUGGACCUCAACCAGGCCAACAGGACAUUGAUGAGCUGCAUGAACGUUAUGUUCAGGAAAUUGAGAAGUUGUGGGAUGCAUACAAGGACCAGUUCGCUGCCGAUCGCAAGGCUGAGAUGGAAAUCUUUGCCUGAUUUUUCUCUUACGUGCUGUAGAAUGCUUGGGAUACUUAAUAUAUUGGUUGUCAGGUUCAUGGCGACGACAGCAGUUGUACCAGAGGUACUGGUAGAAUUGCAUCAGGUUUCUUAUUCCAGUUGUUUCAAGGAUGGCCUGCAUGGCCCUGUUCUUAGUUUCGAAGUAUAUAUCCUAUAAAUUCACCGUCAUUCACUGAUUGCAUGUAUGUACCAUACCAACAUUUCUUGAGGGCACGUUCGAUUAAUGCAAACUACCAAGAC